AUGCCAUGGCUGAACAUCUGGCCUUUCGCGAAGAAGGCUGACGACAAGGGUGGUACGUCGAUCAGUGCAAAGGUCACUGAAGCUAUCGACGAUGUCCUAGACCGACCGGACGCGUCUCACUCGACGACCGCGUUCUCGCAACCCGAGACAUGGAUAGCAGCCGGCGCAUUGACUGUUACUGCACUGGGAGGCUUUCGGUUCUAUCGUGCGUACCUCCGACGGAUACCACAGGCUACCGAUAUCCGUCCCAGCUUUUUGAGGAAUAGAAGCAUAUUUGGCAGAGUCACGAGCGUCGGGGAUGGAGACAACUUUAGGAUCUACCAUACACCUGGGGGACGCCUAGCAGGGUGGGGGUGGCUGCCAUGGAGGCGGGUCCCUACAGACAAGAAGGCGUUGAGGAACCAGACAGUACAUGUGCGUCUGGCAGGAGUGGAUGCGCCAGAACUCCCACAUUUUGGACGUCCCGAGCAACCUUUCGCGCAGGAAGCCCACCAAUGGCUGACCGACUAUGUUGGUUCAAGGAGGGUCAGGGCGUAUGUCUACAAGCAAGACCAAUACAGCCGAGUUGUCGGGACCGUGUAUGUGUGGAAGGGCCUCAUCCGUCGCGAUGUGGGUCUUCAGAUGCUCCGAGAAGGACUGGCAACAGUGUACGAGGCGAACACAGGAGCUGAGUUCGGCAAGUUCGAGGACAAGUAUCGCAAAGCUGAAUGGUGGGCAAAGACGAAGCGCAAAGGACUCUGGGCUGGAAAGGCCAGGGCAGGUUUCGAGACGCCUGGCGAGUACAAGAAGCGAUAUGGCAGUGGUAGCCCUGUCGAGAGCAAUUCUGGAUGA